AUGCGAUUAAUUAUUGGUAGUUUUAUAUUUUGGUGUUUAAUGUACAUUCAGGUUCUUGUCUUCUAUGAAAUUCAAGAUGAUAUCUGCUCAUAUAGAUAUGAUGUUUAUGGAAUUUUCUUCAGCAUCUAUCUAUCGAUAGAAAGUGGAAUAUUACCACCAUUGAUAAUGCUUAUUUUUGGAUAUCUCACCAUUAAAAAUAUUCGACAAAGCAAACGAAGAAUAAGACCAUUGGCAGUAGUUGAUGCUGUUCGACCUGCAAUAUUUACUGGAAUGUCAGGAAAAGAUUUACAAUAUUCUAAAAUGUUAUUUAAUCAAAUAUUGCUUUGGACUUUUUUAAAUACUAUUAAUCCUUGUGUCCUUCUUUAUCAAACAAUAACAAUAAAUGAUACAAAAUCAUCUUUUCGGCUAACAGUUGAAACAUUUGUUAAUAAUAUGACUUAUAUGUUUAUUUAUCUGGAAUUUUCUUUAACAUUUUUUGUAUAUACUUUAUCAUCAUCAUUAUUCAGAUAUGAAUUCAAGCAACUAAUUCAAAAGAAAAUAUUACAUCGUUUUGUAUCAAAUGCGACUGUGAGCAAUAUCACAUAA